GACAGACACAGCCGCAGGCUUCCCCAAACUCCGGCCCUCCAGAUGUUGCUGAACUACAACUCCCAUGAUUCUAUGAAUGAAAUAGAUAGGCUGAGAAUCAUGGGAGUUGUAGUUCAGCCACUUCUGGAGGGCCAGAGUUUUGGGAAGCCUGGCCUAGAGGCUUUUAUUUAAUUAUGCACCUAGUAUCGGUCAUAUACCAGAGAUACAUCUCCAAAAUGCAUAGAAGAAGCACAUGCUUGAACUGGCCAAUGCAGGCAUUGUUGUUAAUGGGCAACCAGCCCAGACAAGCUGGCAAAGCUGCCUUUCACUGUGUGCCAAGCUCACAUGCCCCCUUUUUGGGUUUGUCUUUCCUACAUGUAUCAAUGCAGACCAAGCGCACACCUCAACUCUGGUCUGUCUUGCAAAUGUCAUACUACUAGUGCUGGGAAGUAUCUGACAACAAUGGGAUCUGCCAUCGAGGAGAAAUGGAAGUCACGUCUUGGUACAUUGCUGCAGACAGAGUGGAGAGAAAUCCAAAGUAUGGGUAUGAUUCAUAUGUACAUAUUUUUGUGUUCAUGUUUUUGAAAACGCUAAUGUCCCUUUAAACAUAUAAAGAAGGUAGAACUGUAUGCCGUUUGGGAAGACAUGUAACGACCGGCUGCAAUCACAAGUGUCUAAAGAAGACUUAUAGCUGGACUGCGUAACCAGUCCAACUCUAAUGCCCAGAUACCACAACCUGUGUAUAUUCUGAUGGCACUUUUACGUACUGGUUAGUUUGGAAAUCUCAGGAAUUCCCUUUCUGUGUUAAGCCAUUCAUUUUGCCAUUUAUUACAAAUUGACUGCGCUACAACAAAUAUCUUUAGAAAGCCUGAGAUUAAUAAUUAAAGGCUCUGCCCAGCUGCAACAAACACUGUGUUCAACAUAACAUCAAACUCAUAGAACACUUCAAAUACACCAGCAACGUUCAGAAAGCUAUAACUUUAACUAGGGAUGGGCAAUGUAAGCCCUUUUUGACAUUUGACUACAUUUUCAAAAAUUACUGUAGUCAAUAGCAGCUGGGGAAGCCAGACCCACCUCUUUUUAAAGUGGAACCGCCAACCAAACUGUACUUCCCAGGUACGUGUAUACAAAAUUAGUAUAUUAAAGGAACAUUAAAGUCACCUAAAUUACUAAAUAAAGCAGUUUUAGUGUAUAGAUCAUUCCCCUGCAAUUUCACUGCUCAAUUCACUGCCAUUUAGGAGUUAAAUCACUUUGUUUCUGUUUAUGCAGCCCUAGCCACACCUCCCCUGGCUAUGAUUGACAGAGCCUGCAUGGAAAAAAAAAACUGGUUUCACUUUCAAACAGAUGUAAUUUACCUUAAAUAAUUGUAUCUCAAUCUCUAAAUUGAACUUUAAUCACAUGCAGGAGGCUCUUGCAGGGUCUAGCAAGCUAUUAACAUAGCAGGGGAUAAGACAAUUUUAAUUAAACAGAACUUGCAAUAAAGAAAGCCUAAAUAGGGCUCUCUUUACAGGAAGUGUUUAUGGAAGGCUGUGCAAGUCACAUGCAGGGAGGUGUGACUAGGGUUCAUAAACAAAGGGAUUUAACUCCUAAAUGGCACAGGAUUGAGCAGUGAGGCUGCAGGGCCAUGUUCUAUACACCAAAAAUGCUUCAUUAAGCUAAAGUUGUUCAGGUGACUAUAGUGUCUCUUUAAAUUAGUAUAGGCUACCUGUGUCAAUGUGAAAGCGUUAGACAAUGAUUAAUUUGCAGCCACAUACUCCUAUAACUCAGUGCUAAAGCCCUCGCUUGCAUGGCGUGCGGAUUCGGCGCAUGCAUGUGCCGUAAAAAAAUUUACACAUAUAAUAAGGAAGUGACUUCACAAAUAGAGGAGGUGUGUAUGGGGAGCCAGGGAAAUCCUAUGACUAUGUUUUUUUUUUUUUUUAACAAAACACUUUGAGAAAAAACAGAGAGACUUCACUAAUGUUCUCCUAGCUCUUUAAAAACUGUAGUAGUUAUGGUACUUGGAAUUUCUUUUCAAGGUAGAUGUAAUUCCAGAAAAGGCAAUGUUUUAAACCAACUGAGACAGAAAUCAGACUAUAAAAUAUGACGAGCCUAGCCAAAGAUCUCAGAUUUUGCAUUAUAACAAACUGUACAAAAGACAUGUUACAACAUUGCUCAUUAUUUAUAAAAACAAUUUAUACUACAUAUUCAUUUUUAGAAAAUGGACUACAUUUUUUUUAAAAAAAUAUAUAAUUUAUUAUAAUGUUAUUUACUGCUGUAGAUAUUAAUGAUGAUUUAAAAAAAAAAAAUUUUUGUAGGGGGAAAUAAAAGGCUUUUCUGUUCCGCAGCAUUCUAAAUCAGAUGGUGCUGCGUAAAAUGAGAUGGUCUGCAGAACAGGGCUAUUUCCCUUUUGUUACAGCUCAGGAAUGCUUGUGUACCGAGCAGAAAUGCAUGAAUGACACUGUGAGGCGUAGCAGACACUCAGCAUAUUUACAGCAGGUGGCACUGCUUUCUGGCUGUCUCGGCGGUUGCUAAGGCAAUUUGUGGGUCUCCAGGCAGGUUGCCGUGGAAGCAGAGUUAAAGUGCAAUCUCUUAUCAGGUAAGCCUUUGCUUCUACUUCACAUUUAAGCUGUAGACACAACUUGCAAAAAAACCAAACAAAACACCCACGUGGGCAAGGUGAGAUUAGGGAAGGAUUAUUAUUGGAGGGGUAAAGACACACACCAUAAUCUUCAUUAUGUCUUGUGCACCGUGCAGUUGAUAGAUCUACUGUGAAAAUGCAGAACUUCGGGGUAUGAGGCACUAGUGCUAAUUCAUUCAUUUACUCUCUGUGUCAUAGAAAUACAUAUAUAAAAAGAAAAUGCCCUUUGUGCAAUGAUUGCUAAAAUGUAUCUGAACCUCAAAGUGUGCUCAGUCUAUAGUAUUUUUCUUGCUGUUUUCUAAAAACAAUAAAAGGUAUUGUGACUUUAAGCCAAACAAACAUUUUGUGUACAAGUAGUAUUGAGUGGGUAAUGUAAUUAUUUAUAAAAAAUAAUAAAUGUAGAUGGGUUACAUAAGUGAUCUUAAUGACUUGUGAAUUGCCUUACUAUAAUUUCCUCUUCUACUAUUACCUGGACGUCUCCCAUAACCAUUUUCACCACUACAUUUUCUGGUUUCAUUCCAGCACCAGGCACAAGAUGACAUCUACACAUUCUCUGUGGACGUGGAAGCCUGUGGCACAAGAUGAGCUUUUUGCCCGUGGCUACCACACCUGCACAGUGAUAAGAGGAAAGCUAUAUAUUUUUGGGGGUGUUAAGUCUGGAGACCCUAAAGCUGUUCCACUUGGUGAUGUAGUGGCAUUUGAUCCUGAGCAGAUGAUUGUACAGAGUACAACUCAUCAAGAUGCCUUUAAACGAAGCCACCAUGAUGCGGUAGAGCUAGGAGACCGGUGGCUGUGUGUGGUUGGAGGAUGGGAUGGCUCUCGAAGAGUGUCCUCCGUUUUCCCCUAUGACACAGAAAAAGAGGAGUGGGAACCUUGGGAGGAAGCCCCCACAAACAACCCACCAGUAGGACUCAGCAGUCACACAUGUACCAAGAUCUCUGACUACGAGCUACGGGUGGUUGGAAGAGAAGGAGGGCUACGCAUGCAGAGGCGUUACGCCAGCAUAUACACCCUUAGGGUCAAUACCAGCACCAAAAAAUACUGGUAAGUGUUAUUAGUACUAUGAUAAUGUGCAGUUAGUAAUAUGCUGAGUGUCAGAUAAGGAUCACCCGUAUCAAGCCAAUCCUUCCUGAUCAAUGUAGUGGCCACGAAUAAGAAAUAACAGCCAGUGUGAACUGGCAGCCAGGAGGGACACAACUUAAAAAAUGAUUUAACCUUGCAAGGUAAGAACAUGCCCAUUGACUCUAGCCCCCAGAACAACUUAAUUUAGAGGAAAUUCUUAUGGGGGGGAUGUAGUGGGGCCCAAUAGUCUCUUAAAAUAUACAUUGUUAUUUGUUAGAUUUGGAGGUUGGAGGGGUAGUCUUUAAUAUAUUCUAAUCAAACAGCAUCUCAAGUAUUAAUACUCUAGUAACUGUCUGACCUUUUCCAGGUAUAAAGAAGAGGAAUCCCGCACAGCAUCUCGGUCAGGUCAUGCUGCAGUCCUGUUGCCAAGCGAUACCACUUCUACAAAAACAUCUGGGUAUUCCCUUUAUGUCUUUGGUGGAAGAGAAUCAUCAUCAGUUGACUUUGCUGGUCAGUGGAACAAAGACAAAAUCCAGGUAGGUUUCAUCAGCUGUCUUGUAAUUACAGGAUACAGUGAAUAGAGCAAAAGGGCAUGAUAUCAAUUUGGAGGGUGGAAGACCGAAGUAGCAAGUGUACAUUUUAGGAAAUCCUUCCUCUUUCCUGAUUUAAUAAAACAUACACUUUACUGAAAUGGGUAGUAGUUAACAGUAUAGUGUUUAAGUAGCAAAAGCUAAAGGUGAUAAAGAAAGAGUAGUAGAUACCUUGAGUAGCCUUCCAGUGGAAAGGUUAAAGGAUCACGUCACACAAAAUAAUAUUAUCAUUAGGGGUAUAUAUUGAAAGAGCUUGCAAAAGCUACAGUUCUAGGGGCAUUUCCAAGCCCUCCCCUAUUUCCCUGGAAGAGAUUGUCCGUAUUUUCACAGGUAAAUAGCCAAUAAGACGUUUCUCAUUGAGAAGCCACCAACUGUGCGUGAGUGUCUGGUCUGAGGUCUGUGAGUACCACGGGUGGAGGAGGCAGGCAUGUUCAACAAAAGAGCGCCUGCCAUUUCCACUGGCUUAGAGUAGCUAACAGAGGAAGGAAAAAAAAAACGUCCCUGGCUGUGAGGUAUUCCGUAAUUUAAUUAUAAAAGUGAUUUCUCAUAGAAUUCAAUAAUAUUAUAAACUGGAAGCAAAAUAGAAUACUUCUCACUGAUGAAGUACAGCAAGUUGAAGUACUUAAUGGGUGUGGAAUGGUCAUUUAAAGGGUUACUCCAACCUACAUGACCACUCUAACCCUAGAGACGGGCCAAAUCAUAUGAUUAUGAGAAGUAUUUGAUUGGACCGCUAAAGGGUAAAAUGCAUUGUGUGACAUCGGACGGUGAGUGGAAGAACCUUGCUCUGCUCUUGAUUCAAGGUAAGUCUAUUACUCUUUUACAGGUUUUGUUGUUUUAAUUAAAAAGGUGUAAAAAGGAUGGUGGACGGGUGAACAAGCUACUAGUGCCCAAUAUUUACCAUAAAAAAAAGUUUAGAUUAACCAUUUAAAAGCUAUUGCUGGUAUAGCAAGGAUGUUAGAUACAUGGAAUAGCCUUUCAGUGGAAGCAGGAAAAGGUGAUCACAACAGAGGAGCAAUACCAGAUACUUUGAUUAGCCCUCCAGUUGAUUUAUGAAAACCAAACAGUGCUUUAGAACGGGGUAUAGAUACCUGGAAUAAUUUUUCUAAUAAAGUUAACACAUACAUAGAAGAAUAGUAGUUGUCUGGAAUAGCCUUGCCGUGGAGGUAGUAAAAGCUAAAAGUGAUACAGAAAUCACCUUGUGAGGUAAUGUAAUAAAGGCUAACAGCAAUAUAAAAAGAUAGUAGACACAUGCAACAGCUUCCCAGUGAAUCUAAUCUUAACACACUGAAGAAAUGGGAUAAUGGCUGGAAUAUGCAUUAGGCAAUCCCAAAGCCCAAAUCAGUAAACUUUUGCCAUAACGAGACAAGUAAGGUCUAUUACUCCUCAUUUUCCAUCAAAAGAUAGGUACCUUAGGGGAGGUCUGUUUAAUAAAGCAGAGAAAACGAUUAAUGCAUAAUUCAACAAGCCUGCUUAAUUCUGUCACAGGUGAGAGCGGGCCAUUGUCCAAAACUGACAGAGCAGCUGGCAAGACUUGUUAACAGAGAUGGCAUCAGUCGAACUGCACCAAAAGGUCUAAAGCACCAUUCGUGUUCCCUCAUUGGCCCCUUCCUGGUUGUGUUUGGAGGAGAAAGUCUAAGUAAAAGCCGAGAUGCCAUCUGCAAUGACCUCUUCAUCUAUGACACACGUGCGUGUUCUUAUUUUAUCUGGUUGUUGUCUUCACAAAUAGUUUUAUUUUAGAUCAAGGCAAAUUAGAGAUUUAUUAAUUGGUCAGUGAGAGAAAAACAAUUAUUACUGGUAUUUAUAUAGCGCCAGCAUAUUCUGUAGCGCUUUACAAUAUUAUCAGAGUGGGAGAUUUAACGAUAAAUUAGACAAUUACAAAACCUUACAGGAACAGUAGGUUAAAGAGAACCCUACUCAAAUGAUCUUACUUCCUAUGGAUUACUACACUUUAGAAACUAAAAAGGGAAAGUAAUUAUUCAGGUUGUGCCUUGCUGUUUAUAAAGACAGACAAGAUUACUCAGGUGAUGCCUUACUGUUACUGCAUGACAGAUCAGAUGAGGAAUAGGUAGAAAGUUUGUGCUAGAUUACCUUUUUUUUUUUUUUUUUGCAAUAUGGUGUUUAUUGUGGUGGUAGAGCUCCACCUACUGGCAUAUUUAAGUAUAGUUAGAGAAGAGGAAAGGGUACUGAUGCAAUACACAACACUGUGAAAAACGUAUAAUUUCUCUCUCUCUUUGAAGGCUGCUCCCCUCCAUCCUGGUUUCACUUUCCUGGGUCCGAUAAUCGCCUUAAGAGAGUUGGUCACAGAACGUGCCUGGUUAACGACAGUCUUUAUUUGGUGGGAGGAUUUGGUGCAGACGGAAAGACUCCGUGCUCGGAUAUAUGUGUACUGGACUUUCUCCAAUGACGGGCACAUCCAACCAUGCCUCGAUUCACUCACAAUGUUAAACAGAAUAAACAAUUACCACCUUAUAAUGUGUAAUGUGAGUCACAGCUAGAUAUUUUAGAAUAAGAAAUUAUUUUUCACUACUUCCUAUUUUUGUAAAGCAACUGUGAAUUAUAAUUUGGAUUGAGUCAAGGGGUAUUCAUUUAGUAUAGAGUCAGAAUAAAAUAUCUAUUAAACAAAGGCUUACUCAUGGGAUGGCAUGAAGCUUUGACCAAGUAUCUGUAGUUCCACAUCUGAAGUCUAUCUUUGGCCCAGCUUUUGUAGCACUGGGAUGUGUGCCUCUCCAUUAUUGCAGGAAUGUUAUGUGUAGUGGACAUUUUCAGUACUGUAUGUAACUGUGUGUGUAUAAUAUACAGGCACACACAACCAUAUAGAAGAAUUGGAAGAGGAUGAAGAAACACAAUGGGGAAGCCCUCCUAAGUACCCCUUCUCUACUUUUAG